UCACCUAGAAAAAUCAGACUGCAGCCCUUAGAGCCAGUCGCUGGGAGCAAUGACCAAACCCUGUGAGUUUCAAUCGAGAAAACCCCAGAGAGUUCAGUGAGAUUUUUUCAGUAAGAUUUGAGACAUCUCAUCGAUUUAAUUGUCAGAUUCGGAAGAUUUUUUUCAAUUUCGUAGAGGUAUUGGUUCAAUUUCCUUUGAAAAUCAAGAAAUUAGAAGGUUCUUGUGCUUCCAUCAUUGGGAAAUUAUUUCAGGUAUGGGUUUUCUUGUCUCUAAGAUUGUUGGGAAUUAGAUUUAGGGGAAGCUGGUAAUUCUGUUGGUUAUGCUUAGAGAUAUUAUUAAAUCUAGGUUUGUUUUUUUUUUUUGAUUUUGGGGUUUAUUGGGUUUUUCAAUUGAAAUUAUAGCAAUGGAAUUGGCAAAUCAUAAGAGGAAGAAAAUUAGGGCAAAUUUAUCACCACCAUUCUCGUCAAGACCGCCUACUAGAACUAUCAUCAAUCAUUAUUUUACUUCGGAUAUUGUCUGUCAUAUUUUAUCAUAUCUUGACCAAUUUGAUCUGAUUCGAUGCUCUAUCGUUUGUAAAUCAUUGCAUGAUACCAUACAUUCAUCUCAUUUACUGACUCUACAAUAUUGGAAGCGCAAAGUAGAUGCUUUAGGGCUUUCUAGUGUUGUUGGCACUGUUUCAGAAUCAACAGUGAAUAAGUAUUUAGAAGAAAUUGCAAUGAAGCAGCACCAAUUGUGCUUACAGAAUGAAUCUGUUGUGGUUAAUCAAUGGAAUGGAUGUCACUCUGCUGGGAUUGAUCAAUGUCGGAUGAAGAUGGGUUUGGUUCUAACAGGUUUAGAGGAUAAGGUUAUGCGCAUAUGGUCUUUGGAUAGUUUCAAGUGUUUGGAAGAGUACUCGGUACCGAAAUUGGAGUUAGCUGAUUUUGAUUUUGAUGAGAGCAAGAUUGUUGGUCUUGUUGGAACUCGUAUAUGCGUUUGGAGGAGGCAUAGUGGGAAAAGAAGUAUGAGUCAGGAACACGCUGGCGUAACAAGGGGUUUUUGUAUGCGCUAUAUAGAUCCCGAGGCAGUUGUUGGAUGUGGAGACGGGACGGCUCGUGUGUUUGAUAUGUAUAGCAGGAACUGUUCUCGCAUUAUUAAGAUGCAUAAUGGACCAAUUACAUGUAUGGCAUUAACUGAUGAUCAGCUGGUUGUAAGUGGCUCCUCCCUUGGCAGUAUCAGAGUAGCAGAUUUGUCAUCAGAUCAAGUUGCGGGGACCUUGAAGUCUGCUGGUCCUGCAGGGAUAAAGAGCUUGUGUUAUAACCCAGGUUCAUAUUCAGUGUUUGCUGGAUCAACUUCAGGACAUGCAUAUUGUUGGGAUUUGAGAACCAUGAAACCUCUAUGGGAGAAGAAAAUCAGUCCAAAUGUCAUCUAUUCUAUUCAGCACCUGCAGAACGACACUUCGUCACUAGUUGUUGGGGGAAUAGAUGGUGUGUUGCGCAUUCUAGAUCAGGGUACAGGUGAAAUUAGUUCGAGCUAUGUGAUGGACAAAAAAGGUAUGUUCAUGGGGAGAGCAUCUUCCUCAUCCAGUUCCUCCAAUAACAGAGGUGCUUUUAUUGAAAAGAUGGUAGCUAGAAAGUUGUCGGGAGAUGUUACUACUGAUAUUGAUAGAAUACCAAAAGAUUUACGACCUCCCAUUACAUGUUUAGCUGUUGGGAUGAAGAAAGUUGUUACGACACACAACAACAAGUUCAUUCGGUUAUGGAGAUUCCAGUAGUCUGGUGUUGUAACGCUGUUUUCUACUAUGGAUUGUGCUUCAUCAAAGAAAAAAAGAAGAAAGAAUCUGCCGCAAUAUUUGUGCAGCCCUUUCUUCACUUACAGAUUAGCAUUUUUCUGCUAAUUUUUAAUGUCUUCCUGAGAAUGUUUGGAUGUUUCAUGCCUGUUCUUGUUUAUUUUAUGGUUUGUUAGUAGAAGCUACAACUGCAUCUACAAGAUAGCAGAUAGAGUUCAAUUGUAUUUUUUUUCUUCCGAAAAUGAAAUAGAGUUCAGAUUUGGUUCUUUCCAUAA